AUGUCGGUCUUAAUGCGUUUCUGGGGCGUGGAGGUGAAGGCGGGAGAGACGGUGGACGUGGACCCUCGGGAUAUUGCGGACUACGUUCACAUUACCCAGGUCGCACUAGGCCCCUCCCCUAAGGCAGGCGAGCGAGUGGCCAUCACACUCACGACCGCCCCACCUGCGUUUAGUGACAGCGACGAGGAGAAGGACGAGGAGCAGCUGAAGGGCAAGGACGGGAGUGCAGAGGAGUACAGUGCGGUGGUGGCGGUGCUGCAAGGGGGGGAGAAGGACCAGGCGAGAGUGCAGUUGGUGUUGGAACGGCCGUUCUCUUUGGCCCAUGGUGGCACAGGGAGUGUGUUCUUGAGCGGGUACAAGACCAUGCAGGAGUAUCCGGAUGGGGGAGAGGCCGAUGAGGACCCAUUUGCUGAUAUUGAAGAGGAUGAGGAAGAGGAGGAAGAGGAAGAGGAGGAGGAUGAGGAGGCGAUUGAGAGGGAGGCGGCAAAGGAGAUAGCAGCGCUGCAGGCGGAGCUAGCCACCAAAAAAGCGAAGAAGGCUCAGAAGGCAGCGGCAGUGCUGGCACAGCUCACCGCAGCACAAGAAGAGAAGAAGACGGCUGAGAGAGAGGAGGCAGGCGAAGGGAGCAAGGGAGGAGUUGGGGCGAAAGGCGGAGAAGGGGCGAAGGCAGGGAGUGCGAAUGGUGUGGAUAGGAAGAGGAAAGAAGGGGAGAUUGAGGUCAGUGAGAAGGAGGGGGCGCAGGGGACGCCUGGGGGAGAGGCAGGGGAGGGGAAGGGGAAGAGGAGAAAGGGGAAGAAGGGGAAGGAAGAGGGGACUCCGGGCAAGGAAGAUAAGGCACAGGGUAAGAAGGGGAAGGAGGAGGGCACUCCUGGGAAGGAAGAUAAGGCACAGCCCACCACACCAGCAACCACGCUGGUCCCCCGUGCUCCCGCCCCAACACCAGCCAAGCCAGUGCCCAACCCCCCCACUCCCAUUGUAGUAAUGACUCCUGUCUUCCUCCCCUCUCUUGUUUCCCUCCCUCAUCCCCUCCACAUCCCCCUCCACCCUCCCGCCCCCAUCUCCCAUCCCACAGCCCACCACACUGGCAACCACCCCAGUGCCACGUUCCCCGGCACCCACACCAGCCAAGCCACCAAAGCCGCCUCUGCUCUCGCCAAAGCUGCCCCUGCUGCCUCCCCUGCUAAAGCAUCCACUCCUGCGAAAGCAGCCAAGGCAGGAAAGGCAGCAGGGACUCCUGCUAAGGAGGGUUCAACGCCGGCUAAAGCAGCCACAGCAGCCAAGGCAGCAACUCCUGAAGGCGGAAUUGUGUGCGGAGCGUGCAACAAAAAAUUCAGGAGUUCGUUUCUCGCAGCGCGAUUAGCAGCAGAGCAGGGCAUUCAUCAGCAGCCACAGCGCGCGCGUGUCGCGAUGAAGGUUCGCGCGUCGGUGAAGCGGCUGUGCGAAGCGUGCCGCGUGGUGCGGCGGCGCGGGCGGGUGUACGUGGUGUGCGCGACAAACCCCAAGCACAAGCAGCGGCAGGGGUUUCACACCGAGACCGUGGACGGGUCAUCGCAGCUAUCAGCAUUUGACUGCACCCACCACCACAACAUGACAAGAAACGCCGCCCUCGUGUCUAGCCGCCCAUUCUCUCUCUUCCCCCGCAUUAUUCCCACACACUCCCACUCGCUUCCCUCCACGUUUGCACCAUCACCGUCGCCGUCCACAGCAGCAGUUACAGAAAUAGGGUUUGCUGGUUACCGGUUAUCUGCUCGACAAAUUGCCGCAAAUAUACUAGGCUUCAAUAGUGCUUGA